CCUCCAUCUAACCUCACGCGCUUGGUAUCCCAGUCGUUAGACAAGUCACCAAUAUUCCUUUCGGGUCCCCAUCGCUUUGGUAGUCACAUAGACAUUCUUUUGCACUCCGACAUCUAUUCAACGUCAAUCGCCGCGAGCAUCCCCAAGCAGCAUCCGAACACGACACAACAGGCUACGAAUCAUGUCGCUGCCGCCGCCGCUGACGGAUCUAGAGCUUCUCGCGAGAGCCCGAGGCCUGUCCAACGGCGUCCCCCCCAACGAGCGCGAGUUGCGGUUGUUGUCCUCGGAGCUUUCUGUCUGCCGCAAUAUUCUGGAUAAGCUGGUUGAAGAGAGCUCGUGCAGCAUAUGCUACCGACCGUUAAGGAGCAUGCACGUGCUUGAAUGUGGACACAGCUUUUGCACGGAGUGCAUCCGCAACGAAUUCAAGGAAAAUGGAAUGAGCCACGAUAUCCAUGUUCAUGCUUACUGCCCGGCCUGCCGCAUCGAAAUCACGCUUGAACUGAACGAGGACAAAAAGCUCUACGUUCCUGAUCACAUCAUGACAAAUGACCAGUUACCCUACCUCCGACUCUGGGCGAAGCUCAGACGAGUGACGGACGAGGUGUCUUCUGCCCAUGGCAUUCCAAUUCCCGAGACGGCGUACUCGUGGCGUCGUCAGGACGUCGAGACCCAUUACAAAACACGUGCCGAGGAGGAAGCCGAGGACAACAAGGUGUGGGUGAGCACCGGCGAAGCGGGAGAGAACGGAGGUCAAGAGAACGUCGAUGAUCAAGAGAACAUCAAUGAUCAAGAGGGCGAGAGUGAUUCUGAGGGGGAAACGCAGAAUCCAACUGUGCGGGCGUUGGAAGCAUUCAUCGCCUUAGCGACCGCCACCGUGCCACCACCACAGCAUGGCUCGUACAAUACAUACAUGGACCCGCCCUACUUCCCCGGUGCCUUAGGUCCUGGGCCCGAUCAACCCGUCCUCCUCGGUGUUACGCAUGUGCCAACUAUCAAUCAUCAUCCCCCGGAGACCCACGAGGAGGCGCCUGGCGAGGGCAGUACAGAGUGAUAAUAGGCUGGGCGGAUCAGGUGCGUUUAUGCAGUUUCAGAAAACAUCGUCUUAGCAGAGCCAAGAGCAGGUUCAAGUAGCGGGACGGCAGCUGUCGAACUUGCAGAAGCGGUCGUGUUUAUCCCGUUGGCCAAGACUGCCGAGUAUCACUAUUCCAGCGGUUCUCUUAUACUACAUUGUUC